CGAUACCAACGAUUUGCAACGUCUGAGAAACCCGCCAAUGGAAUGUUGUGCUUGUGUGAGGGGUAUUCUAAUGUUUGUGACAUAGGUUAAAAUGUUUGUCAAUAUCCAGUGACAGUUAUUUGUUUAAAUUUUAUGUAGCCGUGUUAAUAGCCAAAGAAAACCAUGUCCAAAGUGAAGAUUUCAGCAGAAUGGAAGAAACGUGUGAAAUCGGAGUACAUGAGAUUGCGUCAGAUGAAACGUUUCAAACGUGCAGAUGAAGUUAAAGUUGCUUGGAAUCAGAACCGAAAACAGAUGAACGAUAUACUUAUCGCUGAACAGAAACGCUGGCAAGAAAGCAAAGCCAUAUGGGUUGUUUUGGCUGAAGCACCACCUCAUGCAAACUGUAUGAAAAAAGCAGAAGUAGUUUGCUGUGAUGGAGAAGUGCAAAAUAGUCCUGUCAAGAUUAUAAAUGCUGUUACCCCUAUUCCAACUAUGUACACAUGGGCUCCUAUACAGCAGAAUUUCAUGGUGGAAGAUGAAACUGUCUUGCAUAAUAUUCCUUACAUGGGAGAUGAGAUUUUGGAUCAAGAUGGGACAUUUAUUGAAGAGCUGAUAAAAAACUAUGAUGGAAAAGUUCAUGGCGAUCGAGAAUCAGGAUUCAUUGACGACACAAUUUUUGUGGAGCUUGUUAAUGCUUUAAUGCAGUAUCAGACCAAAGAGGAUGAAGCUGCUGGUGAUAAACAUGCAGAGAAAGAAACAAAGGACAAAGGCAGCCGUGCUUCGGUGAAUGGCGGAAGUGCUCACAAUAAUAGCAGUGGGAACAACAACCGUCAUAGUAGUGGAUUCAACUCGUCAAAUAGCAAUGGCACAGGUCCCGAGCGACGUUCUGCAGAUAAACAACCAAAGGCAUUCCCAGCAAUGGUUAUCUUCCAGGCUAUUUCUGCCAUGUUUCCUGAUAAAGGGCAGCCAGAUGAACUCAGGGAAAAGUACAUUGAACUCACGGAACGACUUGAUCCAAAUGCCCUUCCUCCAGAGUGCACUCCAAAUAUUGAUGGACCAAAUGCGGAGUCUGUACCACGUGAACAGACAAUGCACUCAUUUCACACGCUGUUUUGCCGUCGCUGCUUCAAAUAUGAUUGUUUCCUCCAUCGACUUCAAGCAUACCAUCCGGGUCCCAACUUGCAGAAAAGGAAAGGUCCUGAUCUCAAACCAUUCUCAGAGCCAUGUGGACCAGAUUGUUACAUGCUCCUAGAGGGCAUGCGAGAGAAAUUGGCAGCUAUAGCAGAACGGAGCAAGGAAGAGAGUGACGUUGCUGCUGAUGCACAAAAUCCUAGUCAGCGUCCUCGUAAAGUACGCAAACAGGCGUCUGUUGAUUCCGGAAAUGAAGCAAGCUCUGAAGACAGCAAUGACAGUAACAAAUAUGAUAAAGAAUUUAAACGUGGCUCGAAGGAUGGGAAGCCACCUCCAGCUGACACAGUCAGCCAACCCACCUCUACAAGGACCUCAUUCUCACUUCUGGGUCUCAUGGGUCCUGAGGAGACAGCAGAGUGGACAGGCGCAGACCAGUCUCUGUUCCGUGCUUUGCACAAAGUUUUCCUAAAUAACUAUUGCGCUAUUGCACAGAUCAUGCUCACAAAAACAUGUCAACAGGUAUAUGAAUUUGCUCAGAAGGAAUCAGCUGAUAUAAUUACAGAAGAAUCGCUUAAAGAUUUCACGCCACCACGCAAGAAGAAGAAGAAGCAUAGAUUGUGGUCAAUGCAUUGCCGGAAGAUUCAGCUGAAGAAAGAUUCCAGCUCAAACCAUGUUUAUAACUUCACACCCUGUGAUCAUCCCAAUCAACCGUGUGACCAGUUGUGUCCCUGUAUUGGUGCCCAGAACUUCUGUGAAAAGUUUUGCCAAUGUAGCUCUGACUGCCAGAACCGCUUCCCUGGUUGCCGUUGUAAGGCACAGUGUAACACAAAACAAUGCCCAUGUUACUUAGCUGUUCGCGAAUGUGAUCCAGAUUUGUGUGUUACAUGUGGAGCUGAGCAAUUUGAUAUUUCCAAAAUUUCUUGUAAAAAUGUCAGUGUUCAGCGUGGAUUACAUAAACAUCUGCUUAUGGCACCGUCUGAUGUUGCUGGAUGGGGGAUAUUUCUUAAAGACAGUGCGCAGAAAAAUGAAUUUAUUUCGGAAUAUUGUGGCGAAAUCAUAUCACAGGAUGAAGCAGACCGGAGAGGAAAAGUUUAUGACAAGUAUAUGUGUAGCUUCCUCUUUAAUUUGAAUAAUGAUUUUGUGGUUGAUGCAACUCGCAAAGGAAAUAAAAUACGCUUUGCUAAUCAUUCUAUAAACCCUAAUUGUUAUGCAAAAGUUAUGAUGGUGAAUGGGGACCACAGAAUUGGUAUUUUUGCUAAACGUGCCAUACAGCCUGGAGAAGAACUGUUCUUUGAUUACAGGUAUGGACCAACUGAACAGUUGAAGUUUGUGGGAAUUGAGCGAGAGAUGGAAUUCUUAUAAAAUAUUGAUCUUUUUUGACAGCUGCAUUUAGUUUUGCAAUUGAAUUUGAAUUGCUAUGUAUUCAUAUUUAUUGUUGUGACCUUUUGAGAAGUGGACACCUUAUAUUUAGGCAUUGAAUUAAUGAACAAAUUGAAUGUAAAUAAUGAUUACAUUGUUGGCAGUAUAUGUAUAAGCCAUAACAGAAAUUUUUUAUUGUUGUCAUACCAAGUUGCAACCUGUGUUUGUUAUAUAUUGUCAAAAUGUAUGUCGGAAGUUCCGUUCAAACUGUGUGUUGUUAAAUGUUAUAGCAAUUUGUGUGAAGCUUCUGAAAAACCAUCAGAGCAAUUUUUUUUACUGCAUUUAUUUACUAUGCUGUUGCUUUUAUUUCUUUGGAUUAUUUAGGACUAGGCUCCUGAAGGUAGCAUUUGUAGUAGUGAAUCAGAAGUGUUACUGUUGCAGUUAUAGAAACAGUAAUGCUCUCUGGUAUGUGCACAUUUGGUUAGUUACUGUGCCAUAGAGUACAAAGUCUGUAUGAGAUAACAAAUUAGGACAUGGAGUGUUAUCAUACAGUAUAAAAAUUCCUGCAGAAUGCAGUUGAUAGAAGUUGGUACAUACUUAUCACCAGCCUGAGAGUUCUUGAUUGAAGUGUCAGUUUUUUUUUUUUUUUUUUUUUUUUUUUU